AUGAUUGGACAGACCAGUACCGGGUUGAAAGCUCGACUUCCUUUAACAAAGUUUCUUGGUAGACAGAUAUUACGCAGAAGCCAUACUGCGGAGACUCCCGGGCCUUUGCACGGCAUCAAGAUUCUAGAUCUCACUCGAGUUUUGGCGAUUCUUGCAGAUUAUGGCGCCGAUGUCUUGAAGGUCGAAAAUCCGAAAGGAGGAGAUGACACUCGUCUGUGGCGUACCGAAGCAGAAAAGAAAAUAUGGAAAUCAGAACAAAAUGAUAUAUCGGCGUACUUUUGUACCAUCAAUCGGAACAAGCGCUCUAUCACCUUGAAUCUGAAACAAAAAGAAGGGCGAGAUAUUUUGCUGCGACUUGUGAAGAAUGCAGAUGUGGUCGUGGACAAUUUUAUACCAGGAAAGAUGGAUGACCUCGGAAUCGGAUAUAAGACUCUCUCUGGAAUCAACCCAUCAAUCAUUCACGCCAGUGUUUCUGGCUACGGUGCAAGUGGCCCAUAUGCCCAUCGUGCAGGCUAUGACGCGAUUGCAGCGGCUGAAGCGGGCUUGCUCCAUAUCACUGGUGAAGAGGACGGUCCCCCCACACGUCCGGGCUUGGGCCUUACGGAUAUGAGCACUGGUCUCUUUCUGCAUGGAGCCAUCCUUGCGGCGCUAUUCUCCCGCCAGCAAACUGGAAAGGGUCAAAAGAUUGAUGCGUCCCUAUUCGAAAGCCAGGUGGCUCUUUUAUCGAAUGUCGCGAUGUCGUGGCUCAAUGCAGGGGAGAUUGCUCAUCGGUGGGGAACCGCGCAUCCCAGUAUAGUACCUUAUCAGGCGUUCAAGACCAAGGACUCUUAUCUGGUACUUGGAGCGACCAACAACCGACAAUUUCAGUUGCUCUGCAAGCUAAUUGACCGAUUGGACUUGGCGAAAGACCCCUGUUUCGCUGAUAACGAUGCUCGAGUGAGGAACCGGAAGAGAAUGAGUGAAAUUCUGGACAAGAUUUUCCUGACCAAGUCCACCAAUGAAUGGAUGGCUACGUUAGCAGGAAGUGGAAUGCCAUAUGGUCCGAUAAAUCCCAUCGACCGCGUAUUCUCGCAUCCUCAGACAGCGGCAAGAAAUAUGGUGCACAGUCUACCGUAUGGACCUGCUGUCUGUGGAGAACUCAAAGUUCUUGGUAACCCCGUGAAGUUUAGUGAAACUGCUCCUCUCAUUCGCUUGGCACCACCCAGACUAGGUGAACACACAGAGGAGACACUUGAGGAACUGGGAUUUUCGAAGGAAGAGGUCGGUAAAAUAUUGAUCUACCUGGACAAGUUCUUCCUCGCGCAGAUGUCUCCCAACAACCUGAAUACAACAAGGAGCACCUUCAAAUAG